AAACCCUAGCAGCCUUCUAUUUGCCCUAUAAAUAGUUACCCCUUUUCUGCUCUGAAUCUAUAUUAUAGAGCUUAAGUUUCCUUUAUCAACGAGUACAAGCAAUAUGGCAUAUUUAUGAUGAAGAUCAAGCAUCACAAGCCGGCCGGCCUGAAUCUCCGACGCCUCCUUGAUCCAGGAGGUCAAGCACAAGCCAGCUGCACGCAAUAAUCUCCCACGAAACUGAAAGCACGGAAGUAGGUUACAAGACAACUUGUUUAUUACUAAGAUGGAUCAACCAGCUGUUGGUGCAGAGACUUUCAUUCUAAAGACCAAUGUUCACAGCCUGGCUGCUGAAAUAGAAUUGGAGAAAUUACUGGAAGAUAUUCCCGGGGUGCACAGAAUUUCUAUAGAUCCAACAGAAAUAGGAAAGAUUACAAUUUUGGGUACCAUAGAUCCCAAAAGACUUAUAAAGAUCCUCUGGAACAAGGGGAUAAAAUCUGAACAGGUGUUCGGGCCUAGGAUUAAUCUAAGGGACUCGCUGAAUUUGACUAUUAAUGAUCAAGUAGUGGAUAGAUUGGAGAAACUGUCCAAACUUCAAAACUUUGAGACUGUUGACCUAACAAAAGAUGGGAUAAAGUUAAAGUACAAAAAAGAUGGCAAAACUGGAUCCUGUUCAACAAUCAUGGACGAGAAUGCUGCACAUAAGAAUGGUGAACAUGCGACGAAUAAUUACUGUGAUUUUCAUGGUAACUAUAAAUCUCAUUGUCAAAGAAAUCAGGGGAAGCAGGUGGAGUACUGUCAUGGUUGCAGAACAAAUUCCGUAUACAUGCCUCCGCAUGAGGGUAUUUCUAUAGGGAUUCCAUUACCGGCUCCGGAUUACACUCCAUCAGCACCACCAAUGCCAGUUGAAAAUGAUCCUAUAGGCUUUUUUGUGUUUUUCUUCAUGUUUCUCUUUGUUUUGGUGAUUCAGGCUGCGUUGGCAUGAUGUGAGCAGCUUAUUGCAGUUAUGGAGUGAUUCUGUUUUAUUUCAAACAAUAAGCCUGUGCUUUAAGUCCUUUGGAAUUUUGUUUGUUCUUGUCACUCCUGUGUGUUUACUCGAUCGAGUAGUAAAAUUAUUUUCUGUAA